GAGAGGCGGCGUGAAAGUUGUGGGAAGUCGCCGUUUCGGGGUGCGUGAAUCAGAAGCGAGGGGGACUUGGGAGCCAUGUCGCGACUGAUCGUGAAGAACCUCCCGAAUGGGAUGAAGGAGGAGCGAUUCCGGCAGCUAUUUGCCGCCUUCGGCACACUGACUGACUGCAGCCUCAAGUUCACCAAAGAUGGCAAGUUCCGCAAGUUCGGCUUCAUAGGUUUCAAGUCAGAGGAGGAGGCCCAGGCAGCGCUGAGCCAUUUCCACAGGAGCUUCAUUGACACAUCCCGGAUCACGGUAGAAUUCUGCAAGUCCUUUGGAGACCCAACGAAGCCCCGAGCUUGGAGCAAGCAUGCUCAGAAGCCAAACCAGCCCAAGCAGCCAUUGCAAGACUCCGUUCCAUCAGACACUAAAAAAGACAAGAAGAAGAAAAAGGUGCCCAGUGACCUGGAGAAGUUGAAGCAAGAUGCCGAGUUCCAGGAGUUCCUGUCGAUUCAUCAGAAGAGGACCCAAGUGGCCACGUGGGCAAAUGAUGCUUUGGACUCCCAGCUCCCGAAAGCGAAGACCAAGCCGGCAAGUGACUAUCUGAACUUCGACUCUGACUCCGACUCAGGGCAGGAGAGUGAGGAGGAGAUGGCCCAAGAGGAACCUGAAGAGGAACAAGGCCUGCAGCCAAAGACAGCCGUGCAGAAGGAGCUGUCCGACAUGGAGUACCUGAAAUCCAAGAUGGUGCGGGCAGAGGUGUCCUCUGAGGACGAGGACGAAGAGGACAGUGAAGACGAGGCGGUGAACUGUGAGGAAGGCAGCGAGGCUGAGGAAGAGGAGGGCCUGCCUGCCUCCCCAGCCCAGCAGGAAAGUGUGAGCCGGGGAACUCUGUCUUCAAGCCAGAGGCCUCAGGAAGCUGCUGGCAAGGUAGAGAAGCCAGCCAGCCAGAAGGAACCCACCACCCCUUACACCGUGAAGCUCCGGGGAGCCCCAUUCAAUGUCACUGAGAAAAACGUCAUGGAAUUCCUGGCACCCCUGAAGCCAGUGGCGAUUCGAAUAGUGAGAAAUGCUCACGGGAACAAAACAGGAUAUGUCUUCGUGGAUCUCAGUAGUGAAGAAGAAGUGAAGAAAGCUCUGAAGUGCAACCGAGAAUACAUGGGUGGACGCUAUAUCGAGGUGUUCAGGGAGAAGCAGGCACCUACAGCGCACGGUCCCCCAAAGAGCAGCAGCGCACCCUGGCAGGGCCGCACGCUUGGGGAACAUGAGGAGGAGGAGGACCUGGCCGACUCAGGGAGGCUCUUUGUGCGGAACCUGUCCUACACCAGCUCUGAGGAGGACCUGGAGAAGCUUUUCUCUGCCUAUGGUCCCUUGUCAGAACUCCACUACCCCAUCGACAGCCUGACCAAGAAGCCCAAGGGCUUUGCCUUCGUCACCUUCAUGUUCCCUGAGCACGCAGUGAAGGCCUAUGCGGAGGUAGAUGGGCAGGUAUUCCAGGGCAGGAUGCUCCACGUCCUACCUUCCACCAUCAAGAAAGAAGCCACCCAGGAGGCUGACGCCCCAGGAUCCUCUUACAAGAAGAAGAAGGAAGCCAUGGACAAAGCCAACAGCUCCAGCUCUCACAACUGGAACACGCUGUUUAUGGGACCGAAUGCUGUGGCUGAUGCCAUCGCCCAGAAGUACAAUGCCACCAAGAGCCAAGUGUUUGACCAUGAGACCAAGGGCAGUGUGGCUGUGCGUGUGGCUCUCGGGGAGACCCAGCUGGUCCAGGAGGUCCGAAGCUUCCUUAUCAACAAUGGCGUCAGCCUGGACUCUUUCAGCCAGGCCGCAGCAGAGAGAAGUAAGACUGUGAUCUUGGCUAAGAACCUCCCCGCCGGUACGCUAGCAGCGGAGCUACAGGAGAUCUUCGGCCGCUUUGGCAGCUUGGGUCGCGUACUGCUGCCUGAAGGCGGCAUCACUGCCAUCGUAGAGUUCCUGGAGCCGCUGGAGGCCCGAAAGGCCUUCAGGCACCUGGCCUAUUCUAAGUUCCACCAUGUCCCGCUGUACCUAGAGUGGGCUCCAAUUGAUGUCUUCAGCGCAGCUCCCCAGAAGAAAGAUUCCCAACCUGAGCAAUCUGCAAAGAAAGCCGAAGAGGAGCAAGACACUGGGCCAGCACCUGACCCAGAAGGUGAAAAGGCUUCUGAGGAAGGAACAGAAGCCUCCACGGGCAAGAUGGAAGAGGAGGAAGAGGAAGAGGAGGAGGAGGAAGAAGAAAGUGUCCCAGGAUGUACUUUGUUUAUUAAGAACCUCAACUUCAGCACCACAGAGGAGACACUGAAGGAAGUGUUUUCCAGAGUGGGAGCUGUAAAGAGCUGCAUGAUCUCCAAGAAGAAGAAUAAAGCAGGAGUGCUACUUUCAAUGGGGUUUGGGUUUGUGGAAUACAAGAAGCCGGAGCAGGCCCAGAAAGCCCUCAAGCAGCUCCAGGGUCACGUCAUCGACGGCCAUAAACUGGAAGUGCGGAUCUCCGAACGAGCCACUAAGCCUGCCUUGACACCCACUCGGAAAAAACAAGCACCCAAGAAGCAGACGACCUCCAAGAUCUUGGUGCGGAAUAUCCCCUUCCAGGCCAACCAGAGGGAGAUCCGGGAGCUUUUCAGCACCUUUGGGGAACUGAAGACUGUGCGUCUGCCAAAGAAGAUGGCGGGGACAGGCGCACACAGGGGCUUCGGUUUUGUGGACUUCGUCACCAAGCAGGAUGCAAAGAAAGCCUUCAAUGCUCUGUGUCACAGCACGCACUUGUAUGGACGGAGGCUGGUUCUGGAAUGGGCAGACUCGGAGGUGACCCUGCAGUCCCUACGGAGGAAGACAGCCAGGCAUUUCCAAGAGCCCCCGAAGAAAAAGCGGUCUGCAGUGUUGGAUGGGAUCCUGGAGCAGCUGGAAGACAGGGACGAUGACGACAGUGAACAAGCUCUUCAGCUGUGAGCUGGCACCACCAAGGUGUGUGGCUCUGGGGCUCUGGGGCCCUGGGGCCAGCAGGGCGUGACAGGAGCUCUGCAUAGGUCAGGGCCAGAGGACACAAAAGUUUGUGGCAAGUACCUGGAUGUGAGAACAUGUUUUCUGCAGGCUCCCCACCGAGUAGGUGGGUGACGUGUUCAGCAACUGCUGACUGAGCACCUGCACUGGAUAACGCAUGUGAAGUGCCUCCUUAUGGGGCCUCAGACUCUGCGAUAGGUGGCAGUGUGCGCAGCCAGUGUAGGGCCAGUGGCAGAAAUGAGCUGCUGUCUUCGUGGGACCCACAGCUCAGCCCUGUUCACCAGCCGCCGGGGCCCCCACUCAGCCAGCCUCCUACAGCCCUGUCUCCCCCUCUACAGAACUGCUGGUCAAAGGAGGGAGCUGGGUACUCUACCUCAUCACCCAGGGCCCUUCACAGUCCUCCUGAAGCAUGCAUUCCAAGCCCUGAUGCCAGGUUCACAGGCUGAACUUUGCUACCUCCACCAGGCCUGCAGCUCAAGAUGGAGGCACUGGGAGUCCCACGCCCUGGGCCAGCGGCCUCAAAAGCUCAUCUGUGGCUGGGUACCCUAGCACAGCCUCUUCAUGAAUGCCGGUGCACCAACAGCCCGAGGAGGACAUGAUGUCAAGCAGGGAGCAGGGGCCACAGCCCUUCCACCACUGCCCAGCCCCAGCAGCACCACUCCAAGCGUGUGGCUUAAGACCCACAUCAUUUGGAGUUCAGGGAGUAUCCGUUCAGUGCCAGUGACUGGCAUGGCUGCCUCAGCCAGCCACACCAACUUCAACCAUCCAAGCAGGAAGACCUGAGACCUACUCGCACUUCUGAGCUGUUGUCACCACAGGCUGGAGGUGCACUGGACAGGACUCUGAGCUCCAGGCCUUCCGACUCUGUGUGAGGAGCUCGGCCCGUGCAGUUUUGUAGAGAUGAGGUCCUGUUUUUCAGAGUGGCCUGGACCCCAGGCCAAGCUACCAAAGCUGGGAGCUCACCCUGUGGUGGGACAGGCAUUUUGUUCCAGUCCAAGGGUGCUGAGAAUUAAGCAAUAAACCUAGAAUGGCAGAACCUAGAAUGGCUCCCUCCCUCAACCUCACACACCUCAGACAUCACCUGUCACCACCCUCUACCAUGGCGCUGCCCAGAGGGUUCACAGUGAUGCCUGCCACACCCAGGCUGAACCAUCAGGAACCAAGGGCCAUGCUGCUAUGAGUCCUUAGGCAGAAUGGGAAUCUUCCCUGUCCCGCCCGUCCGUUCACGGUGCACCCACCCACAUGUCACAGCACCAUAGCCAGGAUGGCCUAGGGCAGAAAGCUGCAGUCUGUCACCAGCGCAAACUCCCCAGCGUGACACAGGAGCAGCUAGAAGCUCCCCAGAGCAGGGUCAGCACCUGUGCUGCCUGGUGUGGGACCCACUUGCAUGGGACCUGGGGACCUGUGCUCAGCCAGCCUGGCCCCCAGUGACUCUCUAAGCCCUAGAGCUCAGCAAUGGCAUUUUCUGAGUCCUCUGGCCUCCUGGGUUUAGGUCUCCAGCAACCACUCGAAAGCCAGGCAACGUGGAGUUUAUCUGGAAUCCCAGAUUUUAUGACGUGGAGACAGACAGGUUCCCAGGGCUAGUCAGCAUAGCCAAUCAGUGAGCUCCAGGUUGAGCAAGAGACCUGGGUCAAAAAAAAAAAAAAAAAAAAAUGGUGGAGAGCAGCUGAGGACACAGUGAAGCUCUGGCUUCCACAUGUGCCCUUCCCGCCACAUACACACACAUAAAUAGGAGUUUGUCAGUAGCCAGUGCACAACACAGCUCAGGAGCCUAGAAGCGGUGAGUAGAACAGGCCUAGGACCUCACUGAGCCUCACUAGACAGGAGCCUGUGGGUCCAGCAAGGGCCUGGAGGAGAUAGUUUCUGGCCAGCAGCCAGGGGCAGGAGGCUGGACUCAUCAUCACCCUCCCUGUGGUUCCUGGCACGGGCAGGCUGUGGUUGGGGAGUGAAUGUCCUCAUGUUGCUCUGUCCCUGGGCCUUUGAGUUUUUCUGAGAGCCCAGCUGGGACUCUGGGCCAGCCAGGAAGGGAAAUCAAGGGAGUGGAGUGGAGUCUGAGCCAGCAUGGAGGUCUGAGAUGGAGCAUGCCUUUUCCUGCUGGCCACUGCCCUACAGCAAGGGCCAUGAACCCUGAACUCAGGUUCCCUGACUGGAACGGUACCAGCAUCCUGUCACACUCCAGAAAGAGGCAGGUAUAUUCAGAAUAGCCAUUCUAUUGCUGGAGGAAAUGCCAGGUGUUGGACAUAGAGUCAGCAAGACCUGACCCUCAUUCACGAGUUCAUGUGCCAAACCCAUGCUGAACCUGGACCUGAGGACAAACCCAGGUGCCUCUGUGUGUGUCUUCCUUGAGAUAUGGCAUUCCUUGCUGAAUGGACUCCAGAGGCUGUCCCAGGCCUUGAGAUGCACACAUGGUGUGCUGGAGAAGUGAUUCAGCCUUUAAGAGAGUGUACCUCUCUUCCAGAGAACCCAAGUUAGGUUCCCAGCAGCUCCAUAACUGCCAGAACUCUCAGCACCAGAGGAUCCAGCGCCCUCUUCUGGC